AAGAAGGUUGAGCAGUAGAAGCACAUUUUGUACAAGUUGGUUGCCCAAAGCAGAUUUUCAAAACCAAAUAUUAUUAAGAAGAGAUGCAGCGGCAGAGCGAGGACGAAGUUUUGCCGUCGGACGUCCGGAAAGUGAUCGUGGGUGAAGACGAGCCGGGCCGCAUCAAAGAAGAAGAGGAGCAGGAGGAGGCGGACCGAGGCGAGAGCGUCGAUGCUCGGGACGAGCACCGUGGCGGCGAGCGCGUCGACGUUCGCGACCGGGACGACGUAGAGCGCCGCCCACGACUGCCGUCUGCUUACGGCGCAGCGCGAGCCAAGGAUGCGUCCACCGCCUGCUCCCAGUGCGGAAAGAGCUUCUAUUCCAAGUCCAACCUGAAUCUGCACAAGAAGAUCCACACGGGCGAGAAGCCCUUCAGCUGCUCGCUGUGCGGCAAGAGAUUCUCGCGCAAAGAGAACAUGAGCCGCCACGUGAGCACGCACAGCGGCCUGAAGCCGUUCCGUUGCGCCGCGUGCGGCUCGGCCUUCACGCAGCACGACAGCCUGGUGCGCCACGCCGCCACGCACCAGCGAGCCAAAUCCUUCGUGUGCGCCGUGUGCGCCAAGGCCUUCCACGACCGCUACCACCUGAGCCGCCACAUGGAGGUGCACAGCGCAGUAAAACCCUUCGGCUGCCCGCUGUGCGUCAGAACCUUCCGGCAGCGCUCGGCCGUGGAUGCGCACCUGCGCACGCACACGGGGGAAAAACCCUUCCGCUGCUCCAGCUGCGACGCGGCCUUCACGCGCCACCAGGCUCUGCUGCAGCACGCCAAGAAGCACUCGGGCGUCAAGCCCUUCGCCUGCCCGGCCUGCUGGCGCCGCUUCACACUGCGCCACACGCUGGAGCAGCACGUUAGGACGCACACGCGUGACAAAUCCUUCCGCUGCGCCCUGUGCACCAAGAGCUUCUCGCGCAAGGGCGGCCUGACCACGCACAUGGUCACCCACACGGGCGCGAAGCCCUUCAGCUGCAUCGUUUGCCACUCCACCUUCUCCUGGAGCUCUCAGCUCAAAAGACACAAGUGUGCUGUUGCCGCCUGCGUGCCAGGACGCUUAACGCGUGCGUCGUGCAAACACUGGGACUGCGUAGGGGAAUCGCGCCGCUACACUGGCCCAUGUACUCGAGUCAGUUGGCAAUUUUGUAGUGACUUCACAUUGAAUAGCGCCCUAAUGUAUUCCAUAAUUGUGUAUAGGUGAACAACAAUGGUCAUGAGAAAAUAAUGAUAAGAAUCUCUUAAUGCAUCGCACCAAACCAGAAAAAGGAUUUCUAUUGUUUGAUUUUGGGCGGGGGUCAUAUUUGUAAGGUGUGGUGCCAAAAUCUCUUGAAAGAGCUGCAAAGUGAAUUCAAAGAUUUGUUGGGAAAUGCCUUCAACGUGUUUGAAGAUAAUUGCUAAAAGCGUGCAAAGGACAGUAUGCUGCGACCACAGCGGUACGCACAGUGUGCGUCACUGCGUGACGUGGCCAAGCUGAUGAUCUGCAAGUUGCAAAACCUUUUGAGUCACGCAGGUGAAAAAUGGGGCUCAUGUGGCCAGAGAGGAAUAAGAGGAAAAUGGACCAUCAUGUACCCAAACAGAGGAGUGUUUUGGUGAAGGAAAUAUUAGUUUUGUCUCGAGGUUUCUUCAUUUUAGUUUGAACAAAUUGACAUUUCCAAACAAUGUCUUAUGUCAGCUGGUCUCAGCUCAUAAAUAAAUACACAGCCAUCAACCUAAUGUUUUGUCACAAAAUGCUAAAAUACUUGCUGCUUAAGAUGUACAGAGGCUGUUCAUGGUUUAUAAAAAAAGAAAAAGCCUUACCUUUUAUGCGAAAUUAAGAACUAAAAACUGAUUAUAUAAAAAAAAGGAAAC